UGAAAGUUUGCAGAUUUGUAUGCUAUAAUUUUGAUAUACGUUAAAAAGUUUUUGACAAAUUAUUAUCACAUAUAUUCAACCAGUUUUCUGUAUUGUUGGAUGUGAGUGAUAUAACUUCUUUUUUUUUUUAUAUAUAAGUGGUAAAAAUUAUGUAUUAAGAAAAUGGUUACUCAAACAAUAUUUAUUUUAUUACUGGCUAUUUGUGUUGGUUUGGCUUAUGAUCCAGAUGAUCCAAAAGUGGAAUCAGUUAUACCACCAGCUGGAACAUUUGAAGCAUUUUAUCCACGUGGUCCACCGGCUGGAUCAUCAAGAGCACCACAUGGUCAUGGAAGUUACUACAAACAUUUAAAUCCUGCUUUAGUCGAUGCCAAAAAUUCAGCAGCUUAUGGUUUUCGUUUUGAUGGUGGUCGACGUUUUAACUACGAUUAGCUACAAUUCCAACGAAUAGUUAAAAUUCUUUGUAAAUUUUUGUAAAAUAAAUAGCAUUAACUUA